AUGAAGGACCGAACCCAGGAGCUCCGCACGGCCAAGGACAGCGAUGAUGACGAUGAUGUCACUGUCACCGUGGACCGAGACCGCUUCAUGGAUGAGUUCUUCGAACAGGUAGAGGAGAUCCGAGGCUUCAUUGACAAGAUCUCCGAGAACGUGGAGGAGGUGAAGCGGAAGCACAGUGCCAUCCUGGCCUCCCCCAAUCCCGAUGAGAAGACGAAGGAGGAGCUGGAGGAACUCAUGUCUGACAUAAAGAAGACAGCAAACAAAGUGCGCUCCAAGUUGAAGAGCAUCGAGCAGAGCAUCGAGCAGGAGGAAGGCCUGAACCGGUCCUCCGCUGACCUGAGGAUCCGGAAGACACAGCACUCCACCUUGUCCCGGAAGUUCGUGGAAGUCAUGUCUGAGUACAACGCGACGCAGUGUGACUACAGGGAGCGCUGCAAAGGCCGGAUACAGAGGCAGCUGGAGAUCACUGGCCGUACCACGACCAGUGACGAGCUAGAGGACAUGCUGGAGAGUGGGAAUCCGGCCAUCUUUGCCUCCGGGAUCAUCAUGGACUCCAGCAUCUCGAAGCAGGCUCUGAGUGAGAUUGAGACCCGGCACAGUGAGAUCAUUAAAUUGGAGAACAGCAUCCGUGAGCUGCACGACAUGUUCAUGGACAUGGCCAUGCUUGUGGAGAGCCAGGGGGAGAUGAUUGACAGGAUCGAGUACAACGUGGAGCAGUCGGUGGACUACGUGGAGAGGGCCGUGUCUGACACCAAAAAGGCUGUCAAGUACCAGAGCAAGGCACGCCGGAAGAAGAUCAUGAUCAUCAUCUGCUGUGUGGUCCUGGGCAUCGUCAUUGCCUCUAUCUUUGGAGGUAUCUUUGGAUAG